CAAUGCUGUGAUAAGAUCUAAUGUUUCUACUCCUAUAAAAGACAAUUUAUUAUCCGAUGAUUCCCCUCAACAAAGUACGUUUACCACCGUGCAAAGCUGAAUUACAACAACAUCUUUUACGAACGCAAUAUAUAACGAGUAUUUGGAGAAAUGCAUAUUUACGAUUCCCCAGCUCUUUGACACCGGAUAGAAACGGAUGGGCACUUAAUGAGGAUACGCUAGAUUUUCACUGGUUUGACAGAGAUUGUAUACCACAAUCAGUAUUCGACGCUCUUGUCCAUGACAAUAAUAAACAAAAUGAUAUUGGAAAUGUUAUUGCAGAUGAUGCAGAGGAUGAUGAAGCGGACACAGAUGAAUCUGAAGAAGAUUCUGAUAGCUCUGAUGAAGGAGCAUCCACAGAUGAAGAAUAACAAUUUAUUUAUGAAUUAAAUUUAUA